UUGUCAAGCAGGGGGCGUGGGGAUCGUUCAGUCAGUUUGCCGUUCUUAGUUUCCUGGAAAUUCCCAUCAAAUUUUUCGAAAAUGAUCAAAGAAUCAUUUGCCUAUAAGCAAUGCCAGUGCGCCUCUCAAGCGCACGAAGUCUGAAUAUCAAGUGGAUCGACUGCCCGCCGCUCCAUCCUCCUCAGCACCCUCGGCAUGCUCUGCGUUCGCUCCGCCCGCCUCCAUCUCCGAACCCGAAAAAUAGUCAGAACCAGAAUUCGUCUUUGCUCCCGAUUCCACUCCCGUUGUUGCUGCUGCUCCUGCUCCUGCUCGGACCAGUGCCGGCCCUCUGUACAUCCGACAACUGCUCCUUCAUCGAGGGCCACAUUCUACAGUUUGUCUGCCAGAGCACGUACAAGAAAGAAACCCGCCUGCAGCACAAGGACCGCAUCCCGGCCAUCGGUGCUCCAUACGCCAUUUGGAAGCGAACGGACACCGAGGACGUCUCCUAUAUCCUCAUCUCAUUCUACGAGUCGCCGCUCUUUCGCUGCUUCAGCGUGGUCAUGAGCGAGGGCAAGUUCUACUGCGACGGCCGCAACUACGAGGAGCCCCUAACGCGACCCACCCAGCUGCACUGCCUCAACUUUCCGUUCCACUAUACCACUGAGCUCUUCGACCUAUGCAGCAAGACCCAUCGUGACGAGAACACGCAGCCCAUCGCGGUGGCCAUCAUGUACAUGAAGGAGAACAUCAAGCGGACGAAUAAAGCGGGACCUCGUCUGGCCUGCUCUGCGGCAGCCCUUUUGCUUGUUUCUGUGAUCGUUUCGCGACUUUUUGGUAUUUUACUAUCUGAAUAAAAUGGUUGUGAAAAGUUA